UUCGCACCUGCUCUGUAAUUCAUGGAAAAAACGCCCAAACCUACAAGGAGCCGGAGCCCGGAGGGGAGAGGGAGAGAGUCACCAGGUUCCCACCGGGUCUCUGCAGCGGGGGUACAAUGGAGAAGACGAGGAAAUAUUUCAAACGCAAUUUGACCUGCAUCAUGGGGACGGCGGCCAUCUUCCUCAUCUAUCUCAGAUUUCAUGGCACAUCGAGUAACUUGCGUCCUGGAUCUUUGUCAGCGUAUCAUGUGGCCUAUCCAGGAAAAUACAAAUUCAUCAUGGACGACACACCCACGUGUAGGACCAGGUCUCCUUUCCUGGUCUUGAUGGUCCCGGUCGCUCCCAGGGAUGUGGCGGCUCGGCACGCCAUCCGAAAGACAUGGGGAAGUGAGACCAUGGUUCAGGGUGUGGUGGUGGGGACGCUCUUCUUAGUGGGCCGGCCUGGAGGAGCUGAUGCUGGGCACCAGCAAGAGAAACUCAUCCAGGAGAACCAUCUGCACCGCGACCUGAUCCAGAGCGACUUCCAGGACAGCUACCGCAAUCUGACCAUCAAGACCAUGGUGAUGCUGGAGUGGCUGGCUGCUCACUGCACCAACUCCGCUUACGUCCUGAAGAUUGACUCGGACGUGUUGGUCCAUGUCCCCAACUUGGUCAAACUGCUGCUGGAUCCCGGCACGGCCAAACAAAACUACAUGUCGGGUUUGGUGUGGUGGCACAGCCCAGUUUUGAGAAACCCAUUCAAUAAGUUCUACCUCCCGAGAGACAUUAUCGCUGAGCCGGAGUACCCCCCCUAUCCUCUGGGCAUGGCCUACGUCAUGUCCCUGGACCUUCCCGGCAAGAUUCUGCAAGUCUCUGCUCAGAUUAAACCGAUCUUCAUUGAAGACGCCUACCUGGGGAUGUGUCUGAAGCACCUGGGCAUUUCCCCCACCGACCCCCCGGAAACCACCAUGUUUAUCGUCAAGCCCGCGCAUCCUCUGAGCCUCUGCAGCCUCUCAAAGGUCAUCGCCGUGACGACGACGAGCAUCGGACAGAUGAAGAGAUACUGGGAGGCGAGCAAAGGACCAUACGCUAAAUGCUGAACUUCAGAUCUUGUUUGUUUGAACUGAAAGUAGUUUCUUGUGGGCGACUCUACUGCUAAACAUUACGUGGAGCAUAUUUUCAGACUUUCAUGUGGACCCCAGAGACCUUAUCAACUCACUCCUGUGUUAGAAUUUAAUUUUAAGUUUGAAGUCUUUCUCAGUCUUGUGUAUCUGACCUACACAUCAGCUCCUCCAAGAAAGCUGGUUGGAAACUACAGGGACCAAAAUCAUCUGACAUCUGUUUCUGAGAGGAUCUGGAACAAUCUGCCCGGGGAAAUAAUGUCGGCUGACUCAAGUUUUUUCUGAGACGUCUCUGGUUUUACUUUCAUUUUUUAUUUUCUUUGAGUUGUCAUUUUGAACUUUUUCAACUGCUGUCUUUAAAUUGACUGAAUUUGAAACGUCUUUUAGUUGCUGCCUCCUUUUUUCGUUUAACGUUGUCCCAGGUCGGACACAGAUCAGAACAUCAUUUGGAUUUAGAUAUUGAACAUAAUAUCUGAUUCUCCUCAUUAGAGAUUGUCGAGUUGUAGUGUAAUAGGCCAAAAUUAUUGAAAUAACACACGAAUAAAUAAAUUCAAAUAAAUGAAUACGAUUUAGUAAUUGAUAUUUCUGUACGUCUACAUAAUGUUUUUAUGAUUUCUACAUUUCUGUUUAUUGAUUAAUGUAUUAAUACUACUUACCUAGCCAGUAAAUUCCACUUUUCUGGUAUCAGGCUCUUGGAGUGACUGCUGCAGUGUUUCUGUCCGAAUCAAUCCUCAGUAUUAAAAAAUCUUAUUCCGAUAAUGGGAGAGAAUCUGUAAAUUGACUUUUACAUGAAUUAUAAAGGUGCAGUCAUCAGUGAAAUAAACCGUGAU